CAUUCCGUUCGGACGGGCGUGCCUUUGAGACAAGGAAGAACUCCAUGGCUCUCGAUCCAGCCACCUUCGAAACCUUAAUUCCAUCUCGCUUCAUCGCCUUCACCUUCCCCCACCCCUCACAGCCUGACUCCCUCCUCCGAGUGGCUGUCCUAGACGCACCGAUCCAACCCGCCGAUUCACCUCGAGUCGCGGCCAUGUUCGUCCCCGAGCACCGCGAAUCUGACUGGAUCUUCUCCACAGAGUCCGGUCACCUCCAGCUACUCCUCGGCUCUUCCGGAAUUUCCCGCUUAAUCCUCAUCGGAAACCGGCCCAUCAACGGUCAUUGCUCGCCGAUUAUUUACUACCGUGCGAUCAAUCACGAUUCCAACGGCAUCGAGGUGAGCUUGAAACCUCUUUUGCUCGCAUUGUCUCCUAAAUCUUUGUUUGAAAAUGGGAUGCCUGAGAUUCCCAUUUUAAGCUAUGAAGAUAACGUGAUUUGUCGCGUGGUAGUGGAACGUUGUGUUGGGUCUUUUGCUGGAGAAAUGUUGGUCGAGGAUGUGGAAAUUGAGAGUAGUAGUGACGUGGGUGAGUGUGUAAAGAGGGAAUUUCGGAGACGAUUGAGGUUCAAAAGGAUGCCGAAUUUGGUUCAAACGGAGAUACGUCUUGUUCCCGGGGCGGGUAGUGGUUCAGAUCGUUUGGGGAUUGGGGAGGUUGAGUUCAGGCCUGAUAUUGAGGUUUUGGUGCAUCCUUACCUGGCUCCAAUGGUGGCGAGCAUUUCCUUGAUCAGUUCUUGUAUUGAGGAACGGAAUCAAAAUGGGUUUAGGCCGAAAGCUUUGUGCGUUGGUGUGGGCGGUGGGGCUUUGCUUGCUUUCCUCAAAACUCAAUUGGGUUUUGAUGUCGUCGGGGUGGAGGCUGACGCAGAGGUUUUGAGGGUUGCACGGCAGUAUUUUGGUUUGGAUGAUACCGAGUCUAUCCAGCUUAUUGUUGGAGAUGCAACAAAUGUUAUGGAGAAGAUUGCAUAUAAUGCAAACGGGCACAAUUUGGGUUAUCUUGGCGUUCAUGAGGCCGAGAAUGGUAGUUAUUUGUGGGAUGACAAUGAUCUCAACAACAAAUUCGAUAUCAUUAUGGUUGAUUUGGAUUCUAGUGAUGCUAACGAUGGUACAAUAUCUCCGCCUUUGGAAUUUGUUCAGAAGCAUGCUCUUUUGGCUGCUAAAAUGCUUCUUUGUGAUUUUGGGAUUCUCGCCAUAAAUGUCAUUGCUCCAAGUCGGUCAUUCUAUGAGAAGCUGAUAAAUGAAUUUCGUGAGGUUUUUCACGAGCUGUACGAAAUAGACGUAGGAAAUGAAGAGAAUUUUGUUCUAGUUGCCACAAAGUCACCUACCAUCUCUUGCAUUAGUGAUUGUGAGAAUUCAUUUCUCAACAGACUGCGGUUGGUUACUUCGGGAGCCUACAUGGAUUCCAUAAGGAAGAUUUGAGGCCCAAAGGUCUAUGGAAGUUGAAGAAUAUAAUUAUCAAAGAUUAUAUUGAAAGUCAAAGCAUGUUCCAAAGAAUGAUUCCAAAGCACGAUUUCAAAGGGACUUCAACUCGAGGCAAAAGCUUAAAAUCAGUGAAGAGCUCAUGCCCUUCUGAUGGGAAUCAGCUCGGUUUGAAGGGGAGGAUGAAGAACUAUAAUCUCCAGGCUAUAGUUUUAUGCCUUGCAAAUCCUAAGGGGAUUUGACAACAAAUCUCAAAUCAAGCAUUUGCCCCCUAACGUUGAUUUACCAUUUUAGUAAGCCUUGGUAGGGCUGGUGGAAUGAUAAUGAGUAUAUACAAUAAAACCAAAAGGGAAGAAAAGAUAGAAAGUUUUAGAAUUCUGAAUUCUGGUUUUUGAUUGAAUAAAUAUAAUGUAGAACCACAAAAGCAACUGCUCUAUGGGGCCAAAUGAUCUUCCAAUGUUUUUCAGGUAACUGAAGUUUCUUAACAUCUCAUUUUGAGUUUUUCAUUUGGGGUGGCUUCUUUGGGCAAAGUAUUGUCUACUGAUAAUCUGAGAAGGAGAGGUUUGUUUAUUGCUGAAUGGUGUGUCAUGUGUAAAAGGGAUGGAGAAUCUGUAAAUCACCUUUUUCUUCACUGCGAAGUGACAAGAUUCUUGUGGAACGAGGCUUUAAGUUGGACAGGAUUACAUUGGGUUAUGCCCAGAGAAGUGGUGGAUUUAUUGGUAGGGAAGGGUUUGAAGGGCUGUAAGAAGGCGGCGAGAGUUUGGAAGAUGAUUCCUCCUUGUCUUAUGUGAUGCAUAUGGCUUGAAAGAAAUGAGAGAUGCUUCGAAUAUAAAGAACGCUUUUUGGGAGGUCUUAGGGUUUUUUUCUCGAGUAUUUUGAGUUCUUGGGCUAAAGCUUAUGUAAUGGAGGAUAAUUUUCUGAAUCUGUAUUAGUUUUCUGGUCA